AUGCUCGCAGGCAGUGUGAUAGCAGUGGAGGCAAUCAACAGCGACCCCUCUAUCCUCCCACAUCACCGUCUGCACCUUGCCACGGCCAACUACUCCAUGACUGCUCCCAUCGCCAGCAUGAUGGCCGGUGAGAGAGGGAUGCAUGGAUGCAUGGUGGCAGUGGAGGCAAUCAACAGCGACCCCUUUAUCCUCCCACAUCACCAUCUGUGCCUUGCCACGGCCAGCUACUCCAUGACUGCUCCCAUCGCCAACAUGAUGGCCGCCUACAGCCUGGUGAGGCAGCGGCCAGUGGCAGUGAUAGGGCCACACACAUCAGAACAGGCAGCACUCGUAAGCCCCUUCGCCACGGCCACUCAAGUGCCCUUCGUGUCUGCCUCGGCCACCGACGCACAGCUCACAGUGGGCGGCACCAGGCCCUUCUUCAUGCGCACCGUGCAGGACGACGGCCACCAGAUGCGCGCCAUUGCUGACAUUCUGGCAAUAUACCAGUGGAGGGCAUUUAUUGCCAUUCACAGCGACGACCGCUAUGGAGGCAAUGGCAUCACCGCACUGGAAGCAUGUGUGCUCAGCCUGAACCAAGGCAUCAGCAUGGCUCAUCGCGUGGCCAUCACUCCAGGGAGCACAGCAGCAGAGGUGGAGCAGCAUCUGCAGCUUCUACUAGAGGUGGACACGGCUGUGUAUGUGCUGCACGCGUCCGCUGCUGUUGCCACGAGCGUCAUCCUGGCAGCGAACAGGUUGGGUCUGUUCUCUGCCAACAACGUGUGGAUUGCAACAGAAGGGAGUGCACUGCUCACUGGCUCUGCCCUGCACUACGCUCAGGGCAUGAUAGUGACGGCUACUGACAUCCCCACCUCCGCUCCUCUGACUACCUUCGUCUCAAAGUGGCUCAAACUUGACCCUGUGCGCUUCCCCAAUGUCAGCCGCCAGAUGCCUAUGGCCUAUGCACUGGCUUCCCACGAUGCAGUCUACCUCAUCGCUCACGCUCUACACUCGAUCCUCUAUAACAGCAGCCCCGCCAGCAGGAGCAACUCGCCAUCUUCUAACACCGCUACCAACAACACAGAACCGCACAGCAACGUCACGGCUCUACUUGACUCACCCUGGCCACGCCUCCUGGCCGCCAUGCUGCGAGCAGCCAUGCUGCAAGCCACGUUCGAGGGCGCGUCAGACACCAUCUUGCUGUCCCCCUGGGGAUGGAUUAUAAUGGGCCCCAUGCUGCGAGCAGCCAUGCUGAGAACGACAUUCGUUGGCGCAUCAGGGACUAUCUCUCUGUCCACCUGGGGCGACCAGCAGAACAACCUCACUCGCAUCCUCAACAUCCACAGCCAAGCCACUGACCAGUCACCUCAGUCAACUCAGUCAACAAAGUCAGCAGAGUCAACACCGUUCACUACGGAUGCCGCUGGUUCAGUGACUGGGUUAUUGAGCCUGCGAGGGAACGUGGAGGUGGUGCCUGUGGGGUACUGGUCUCCCUCGCGCCGCCUCUAUCAAACAGCAGCUGCUUUGGAAAAUGCAACAGCUAGUGGAGGGGAAUCGGUCAAGAUUAUCUUCCCUGGUGGUCUGACACAGGCUCCCACAGGAGCCUUUCCGAAACGGCGAGUUCGUAUCGCGGUGCCAAAGAAGCUGAUCUACCUCCAAUUCGCCAAUAUCUCAGCGGACGAGUCGCUGGGCAACGAGCGCUUCUCCGGGUACUGUGUGGACCUGUUCCGCCUGGCUGUGGCCCAUCUCCCUUAUAAGCUCGUCUACGAGUUUGUUGAGUACACGGGUGCCCUCAUCAGCUACACCCAGAUGGUGCAGGCUGUACAGAAUAAGGAGUUUGACGGGGCAGUGGGCGACAUCACAGUGGUUGAUUCGCGGCAACGAAUGGUCUACUUCACCCAAUCCAUCCUUCAAUCCGGCCUGAGUCUGAUAGGGUACUCCAGGGAGAGCAGCGACAUGUGGACGGCGUUUCUGCCCUUCACGCCCUCCAUGUGGGCCACCCUGCUCGGUCUCUCGCUGCUCACAGGCGCGCUUAUGGUGUUCCUCGAAACCACUCAUGGUGUUCCUCGAGUGGCGGCUGAACGUGCACUUCCAGGCAAAGCUGCACCAGCUCGCCAUCACUGCCGCAUGGUGAGAGGGGAUGCGGUGAGGUGGAGUGAGGUGGAUCUCCCCUCCCUCUCUCUGCUCACAGGCGCGCUCAUGGUGUCUCUCGAGUGGGGGCUGAACCAGGCGUAG